AUGUACCUCGUAAGAGCACUUGGCAAUUCAAGCACCGUAUCAUCAGAGAUAAAGGCAAUCGCAGCUGAGGCCGAACGCAAACACGAGAGGGAGGAGUGGAGUCGUUCGGCCAAUGGGGCGUCGAAGAAUCGCAUCUUUGCGAGAACGAGCAGCGUAUAUUAUGUUCUCGGGCCGGUGGUCAUAGAGAAGGGCGAUGUUGUUUGCGUCUUGUUUGGUGGAAGGCUGCUAUUCUGUCUACGAUCAAUUGGAAACCGGUAUCUGCUUGUUGGCGAAUGUUAUACCCAUGGGUUGAUGGAAGGAGAGGCUCUGGGCAUCAUGGCCCGUGGAAAACUCUCCGAGAAGGAGUUUGAGAUUUCGUAA